AUGAGUCUGGGCAGCACCAGUACAGAAUCUGAAGUUUCAGAGGAUGAGUUGGAGGAUUGUCCUUUGGGUGAGGAUGACGACUGUAGCAGCGAAAGCCCUGCAAAGAUUCGUUCAGAGUGCUCGGUGUCAUCCAGCCCCAGUGACACGGAGGGCUUCAAAGCGGCUAAGAGGCGUACUCGGCCUAAGCGGUCCAAAGCACGGAGAGUCGCCGCCAAUAUCCGAGAGAGGAAGCGCAUCCUGGACUACAACCAGGCCUUCAACGCCUUGCGCACUGUCCUCAAACAUGACCUUAGCGGAAAGCGUCUAUCCAAGAUCGCCACUCUUCGCCGUGCUAUCCACCACAUUUCAACACUGUCUUUAUGUCUGUGGACACAAUCAGACACUGAAGCACACGCACCUCCGUGUGCCCAUAUGGAGUGUUACCGACAGCCAGAAGACAACACUUCUCUGCCCAAGAAGACAGUAACUUUCCAGGAACCGAUGGAGAACUACAUUCCCCAUCAGCCAGAGCCUGUAGCAGUUUCUCCAGAGAUACCUGGAAUUUUGUACCAGGACAUAUCAAACUCUGUACCAUCUCCUCACUACAGCCACUGUGCAACCAACAGUCAGGUACACGUGAGCCAUGGACGCUACAGUCACCACUGGGAGGACCGAAGCAGUGAUUACUACAGUGGAGGAGCUGGAUAUCAACAUGGGAUGAGGGUCACCUGCCAUCAGAAUCAUAUGGACACUUAUGCAGACUCUGCUAAGGCUUGGCAGCUGGGUUACCUUCAAUAUCAUGGAUACCAGAAAUCCCUGAGUAUACACUGA